CUCUCUCUCUCUCUCUCUCUCUCUCCACAUUCUCUUACAUUCUCUCUCUCUACAUAUAUAUAUAUAUAUAUAUAUAUAUAUAUAUAUAUAUACAUCUUUCAAUAAUUCUCUCACACUCGGCCACUCUCCACCGGUGGAUAGAGAAAACUCCGAAAAAGUAUUGUUUUGCUGGGAAUCCAGUUUGGAGCUUUUCUCGCCGGAGAUUCUACACAUAAUAUGGAGAACUUUAAUGCGCUUUAUCUACCAUAAAACACCACACCACCACUUGGUUUUCUCUCUCCAAGAAUCAUAUCAAAACCGCGUGAACGUACCAAAUAAUGAAUGAGAUCAUCAUCGUCGUCGUCUCUCUCUCUCUCUCUUUCCGUUACUUCUUCUGAACAACUGUUGAUUUUCGAGAAAACUGGCAUGUUAUGAGCCAUAUGGUCUUCCGUUCUCACCUCGGCGGUGUUCUUAUUGUAGCGUGAUUUGGAUGCUACUUUUUUCUAUCAAUCUGCUCCACUUUCCAUCAUCUUGUCUCUCUAUGAUUUCCGAUGUAUUCUCUGCAUUCACGGAUCUGAUGUAUCGUAACUCAUAGCACUCCACACUCGUCGUCACUGAUUUUUGUUUCAUCAAAAAGCGGAUCAUUCUUCAAAAUCUUCAAGUUUUCAGUAACUCAAAGAUUGUGUGAAGAUUUUUUUUUGCUACGUGAACGUUUUAAGUGCAAGAUUUGGAGUCGAUCAGAAGCAAAAGUCGAACUCCGGCACUUCCGAGCUUGAACUCUGUUCUCAGAUCAGAUAUUUUCAGUCGAAAAAAAUGGGGAAAACAGGGAGAGAUUGGACACAGAUCUACGCAAUCUACGGAAUGGAUGAUUGGCACACUCCAAUCUUCCUCCUAAUGUACGCGAUCACCUUCUCCUCUCUCUCCGUACUCUUCCUCCUGUACUUCGGCCCAAUCUGCGCCUUCGUCGAGUCUUUCUUCCCCUCCCUCCCCGGCGGAGCCUCCCGCUUCGCCGCCGGAUUCACCGGCUCCGUCACCGCGCUCUCCGCCGUCUGCCUCUUCUUCGCAGCCGGCAACAUCUUCUACUCCUCCGUCUCCCUCCAGUGGGAAAUGGCGCAGCGCAUGGUCGGCGUGGUCAACGACUGGUCCACGGUCAAGCACGCCCUGGACGUGGGCUGCGGCCGCGGCAUCCUCCUCAAUGCGGUGGCGAUGCAGCUGAAGAAGGAAGGCAGUUCGGGUCGGGUCGUCGGGCUCGACCGCAGGAAAACCACGGUCUCAACACUACGGACGGCCGGGAUUGAAGGAGUACAGGAGUACGUCACGUGCCGGGAGGGUGACGCGCGUAGGCUCCCGUUCUCGGACAACUACUUCGACGUGGUGGUGUCGUCGAUGUUCCUCCACACGGUGGGGAAGGAGUUCGGUCAUCGGACGGUGGAGGCGGCGGCGGAGAGGAUGAGGGUGUUGGGUGAGAUGGCGAGGGUGUUGAAGCCCGGCGGGGUCGGGGUGGUGUGGGACCUAGUGCACGUGCCGGAAUACGUGAAGAGGUUGCAAGAAUUGAGGAUGGAGGAUGUGAGAGUGUCGGAGCGUGUAACGGCGUUCAUGGUGAGCAGUCACAUAGUAUCAUUCCGGAAGCCCAGUCAGCACAUGGUGGGCCCAUGGGAAGUCAGAUUGGACUGGAGAUGCCACAACAUCUGUGGAGAGUGAAAAAGACUCAUAUUUAACUCAAUAUGGGGAUAAUAUAGUGAUUAUACUAUUUUUUUUUUUUUUUUAAAAUCUGAAAUGUUGAAAUCUGGGGAGACGAAGCCGAACCAGAUGCUUUGUUUGAUAGAUUAAGAUCACAAUAUAUAUUAUAUAUUAAUAUAUAUAUAUAUAUAUACUGAUGCUGUUAAUAAAAAGCUUUGAAGUAGCAGUAAUGGAUUAAUAAUAAUAUGAUGAUAUGAAAAUUGUAUUUAUUAGGAGAAGUAGUGAUUAUUAUUAUUAUUAUUAUUAUUAUUUAGGAUGUAUGAAAUUAUGGAAUUAACAAGUGAGGGGUUUAAAUCAUGGACCUCAAAGGUACAGUUUGGUUGUUGAGAAGUCGCAAUCCUAAUACAUCUUUGACGGAAGCAACCACAGUGAAGUGGGGAAAAUGUUAGCUUUGGGAAUUAAAUUCUGAGCCAGAGAUUUAUUUA